CGGCCGAGCGGCGGCGCGGGGAGGAGCCGCGGGCGGCCGUAGUCGGCUCGUCGCCGCUGGGAGAGGCCGGCGCGGAGGGGAAGGGGCUGGCUGUGGCGGCGGCCAAUGCGAAACUGGCUGGUGCUGCUGUGCCCCUGUGCGGUCGGGGUCGCGCUGCACCUCUGGCUGCUGCUCAGCUGCCCCGGCGGCCCCGAGAGGCAGCCGGCAGAAAAAGUAGCUGCAUGGGUAGCAGAAGAUAGAAAGCCCAGCUUUCUGUGGAGCUCACUCAUGCUAGCAGUCUCCAGUGGAGUUUCUCUGGUGCCUGAUAAUGCAGGUCCACUGGCAUUCUUUCCUCAGUGGAAGCUGAAACAUUAUGAUAUUAUUGUAGGUGUUUUGUCAGCUCGACACAAUCAUGAACUGCGCAGUGUUAUAAGGAACACUUGGUUCAAGCACCUGAAACAACAUCCUGCACUGAGCCAACGUGUCCUUGUGAAGUUUAUAAUAGGUGCGCAUGGUUGUGCUGUGCCAGUGGAGGACAGAGAAGACCCAUACUCCUGCAAACUUCUGAACAUCAGUAACCCAGUUUUGAAUCAGGAAAUUGAAGCAUUCAGUCUCCCUGAGGACGUACCUUCUGUGCUAUCUGAAGACAGAAUUGUCAGUGUGAACUUUCGUGUACUUUACCCCAUUGUCAUUACCAGUCUCGGAGUAUUUUAUGAGGCUGAUGGGGUGGGAUUCCAGAGGAACAUCACUGUGAAACUGUACCAGGCAGAACAUGAGGAAGCUCUCUUCAGUGCUCGCUUUAGUCCACCAAGCUGUGGAGUGCAAGUGAACAGAUUAUGGUACAAGCCAGUAGAGCAGUUCAUUUUGCCAGAGAGUUUUGAAGGUACCAUUGUGUGGGAAAGCCAGGAUCUUCAGGGCCUUGUUUCAAGAAACCUUCAUAAAGUGAUGGUGAAUGAUGGAGGGGGUGUUUUCAGAGUCAUUACACAGGCAGGGGAAGGCUCACUGCCACAUGAACUCACAGAAGGUGUGGAGGGAAUAGCAGGUGGUUUUAUCUACACUAUUCAAGAAGGUGAUGCUCUAUUAAAAAGCCUCCAUACUCGCCCAGAAAGGUUUACAAGUCACAUACAAAAUCUUGAAAAAGAAGAUGCUUUAUUGAAGGAAGAAAGCGGUACCUAUGACGAUAUUGUUUUUGUAGAUGUUAUUGACACUUACAGAAAUGUUCCAGCCAAACUGCUGAACUUCUACCGAUGGACAGUUGAAUCAACGAGUUUUGAUUUGUUGCUGAAGACAGAUGAUGACUGUUACAUUGAUUUGGAGGCUGUUUUUAACAGGAUAAUGCAGAAAAAUUUGGACAGGCCAAACAUCUGGUGGGGAAAUUUCAGACUAAAUUGGGCAGUUGAUCGAACUGGGAAAUGGCAAGAGCUGGAGUACCCAAGUCCUGCGUAUCCAGCCUUUGCUUGUGGAUCUGGCUACGUCAUCUCCAAAGACAUUGUUCAGUGGCUGGCAAGCAACUCUGAAAGAUUAAAGACAUACCAGGGUGAAGAUGUGAGUAUGGGCAUCUGGAUGGCAGCUGUAGGACCCAAGCGUUAUCAAGAUAGUCUCUGGUUGUGUGAGAAGACAUGUGAGAGUGGCAUGCUGUCUUCCCCCCAGUAUUCUCCACAGGAACUGAGAGAGCUCUGGAGGUUAAAGGAACUGUGUGGAGAUCCUUGUAGAUGUGAGGAAAGAUGAUGGACUUGCCUUGGAAAACAGGGUAGUGUAUAAUGAUCAUGGAAAAAUGUACAUUUGGAUUAAUUCUUGGAACAAUAAGGAAUCUUAAGGUAUCUUUUAAUGUUGGGUUUCAACUAAAGUAUAACAAUAUUUGCACAUCCCUUUUGAUAAUUACAAGUGGACUGAUACUAUUCAUUUUCUAUAGUAUAGAUGUUGAUCUGACAGAAACCAAAAUGUUUAAGAUAAAUUUCCUUUUUAUAUUAAGUCAAAGACCUACUUGUAAUUAAUAAAUGCACAUAAGAAUGCCAACUAGCCUGUCUUUUGUAAAUUGAAGUACUACUGACUUAACUCAGUAUAGAGCUGUACCAGGAUCCAGUGGAGAGCUGUGCUCCGCACCAGGGCAUCUGGUAAGUCUUGCUGCAGCAGGUUUGGUGCUGUCUGAGGGGUUGCUCUCAUCUGUGCAGGGGCUGGGACAGCUAGGGGUUAGGAUUUAUGUUUAGUUUGUUUAUACCAUUGUCAUUUUAGAUAAAAAACCAGUAUCAAAGUUUGCUUAUACCAAAUCUUGAAGUACUGCAAACUUGGCCUGAUGAGGAGGGAUUUCUGAUAGCUCAAUGUGUUAUUAGAUAUGAAUCUGAGAGUACACAAGUGAAAGUAAAAUCAGAUUGAGAAAGAAUGUAAAAUAACUAGCAAUGCCUUGCAGUAUGCUGAGAACUUAUUUAUACUGUGGUAUCUUAAUGCUGUAGGGUAGAAUAAAGGUCUUUCAGAUUUUGACCUUAGUCUAAGGCUGUGUAGAUACUUCUACAAUUACUGCUGUUUCACUUUUGUUUGCUUUAAGGUUGUUGGAAGUAGGCAAAAACAGAAAGAGCAAGUAGCCUCUUUCAGUUCAGCACUAAUUUUGUCCUAUUAUAAGCAAAGAGAUCACAAUUAAAUCAUGUACUCAGAUCAGUAAAACAAAUUCUCACUGCUGUAGUGGGAAGGUAGUAUAAAAUCUUAGCAAAAGGGUUACCUUGAGUUUUAUUUAAAUGAAGCGUUUAAGCACUAUGUGGUAUCUCUCAAGUAAGACACUUCAGCCAAAAGCAAAUGCUUUCAUGGAGACUGACAAUUAAGUUUAGGAGCUGAAAGUAUUAUUGUAUAGCCCUCUGGUGCCACAUAUAAAAUUCACAUUCUCUCAUACGUGAGCUCAGGCACAGGCUGUCCAUACUGUCUGUGGGCAGUCUGUAACUCUUCUGCAGUUCCGGUGCUGGCUUUUCCUUCAGUCUGUCAAGAGCAUCCCUUCUUACCACCGUACUAACACACAGUCUCCAUUUUCUAUUGAGUAAAACUGCAAAGGCUUUAAGUCAUUGUCUAGUUCAACUUCUUUUCCUUCCAGCUAGAAUAAGAAAGGAAAAAACCCUGAUCAGACUUAAACUGAAAUCUGUUCAUGUAAACUUAACUACAGAUCAGGCAGUUGCAGUCAGGGAGGAUCUGUCAUAUUACAGGAAUGAAGUUAGGCCCUAAAUUACAGCAUGAAGACUGCCCUCCUUUAGUGAAAUCAAUUUGAUUAGGUAGUAUUUUAGAACAUGCUACUGACCUCUAGCAGCAUGCAGUAUUUUAUUGUUGAAUUACCCAUUUUUAACUCACUUUAGAACUUUCGUAGGACAGUUUCAGUUCUGAACCAGGAAUUUUAAGUAGGCGAUACAGCAAUCCUUUGACCCGCUGAAUAGUCAUAGACUCUGUCAAGGGGGAAGAAAGAAAAGUUACUAGAAAAAUGCUGCUACCACUGAGCUGUAGCAAAGUAGUAGUGUUUAAACUAUACUUGCUUAUAGCAACAGUGAAAGGCUGUAUUGCUGCUUCAGUUCUAACACUGCAAUAAUGUCUUUGGUACCUGAAACCAUAACUGCUAAUAUCAAAUUGAAAAUGGUUUUUAAUCUCUGGUGGAUAGGACAGGAUAUGCUACUAUGGUUUAAGCGCUUUGAUCCCAUAUACCAAAUUAAAGUGUUACGGCUUCAUAAUUUACUUUUUUUGAGUUUGUAUUUACUACAUGCUAAACUAAGUGACCUUUGGGACACAUACCAGUCAGGUUCUGACUACUUGCAUCUGGCAACUGUUCCUUGAAGUUUUCAUUAGCAGGAAUUGGCUCUCCUGGCACAACUAAAUGAAUGUCACUGUGGAACUAGUGCCAUUCUUAGAAAUGAUGUUAUGUUAGUUAGUCCCAAACAAACUGCCAGCAGUGUUGUAGAGUGGUUUAUAUUAUGAAGUCAGUUACACGAAGGGAUAUUUUUUGUAAUGGAUCUUGAAUGAGUAAAUGUAGUUUGUUCUAGAGGUGAUAACUGUGUUUGCAAUAGAUAUACUCAAUAUUUUGGUUGAACUUUCACUUCUUUUGAAGCUUUAUCUAAAGGCACAGCAAUAGUGAGUUAUUCCUGUAAUACCACACAUUGUACUUAAACAAAUAUUUUUCUAUCAAACAUUUUUGUAAAAGCUGUAUCUAUCUGAUUUUAUGCGACUUGUGAUAAUAAAUGUGAUUAUUAUUUUAGAAUAAAA